GUUAUAUGGAAAAGUUAUAAAAAUAGCCUCUCAAUAGUAUGUGGAAAUAAUGAAUUAAAGUAGUAGAUGCAGCUUUUGUAUUUUUCGAUGGGAUGACCUCACCAGUUAGAUUUGUGACGAUAAUGAAUUUAUAGAGCUUGGAAGAAAUUUUAUGGUUGUGGUAGUGUAGUCCGCCGUUAGUUUUAGGUUGGACUCGCCAUUGACCUGAAUUUAAUCACUGUCAAGAUGUCAUAGAAGUGUGAGAGUGAAUGGUCAAUAUGGCGCAAAAUGGUGGUGAUUUUGGUGCAAUAUUGCAAGGUGCAGGAAAACAAAUUUUCAACCAAGGGGGACAGGCGUUACUCAAUUAUGGGGCACAAGCAUUGGGAAACAUCAUCAAUGAGGUCUUCCAAAAGAAAGAAGCAGAACAAAAGCGGUUUUUGCCAAGCAUUAAAAAUUAUAAAGUGCUCGGGGAAUCACGACCAUCAUCAUUUGGUCCGGCAUCAUACCAGGAUUUCAAGGAGAUCAAAUCCAGUUGUCUGGCCGAAGGAAGACUAUUUGAGGACCCUGAGUUUCCAGCAACUGACCGGAGUCUGUACUACAAGGAGAGGUUGGACCGCCCCAUCACUUGGUUGAGACCUGGGGAAAUCGUAAACGAUCCACAACUCUUCGUGGAGGGCUACAGCCGAUUCGACGUGCAACAAGGAGAGCUUGGGGAUUGCUGGCUUUUAGCUGCCGUCGCCAAUCUCACGCUGUAUAGGAAACUCUUCUUCCAAGUUGUUCCGGAUGAUCAGAGCUUCGACGAAGAGUACGCUGGCGUGUUUCAUUUUCGUUUCUGGCAGUACGGUCGCUGGGUGGACGUGGUGAUAGAUGACCGUCUACCAACGUACAGAGGGAAACUGGUCUUCUUACAUUCUUCGGAGACCAAUGAGUUCUGGAGCGCUUUGCUGGAGAAGGCGUAUGCCAAGCUCCAUGGAUCGUACGAGGCCCUCAAAGGCGGCUCCACGUGCGAAGCUAUGGAGGACUUCACGGGUGGAGUCACGGAGAUGUAUGAGAUGAAUGAUCCGCCACCGAAUCUCUACACUAUACUGUUGAAGGCCUAUGAACGGAAUUCCCUUAUGGGGUGCAGUAUUGAGCCGGAUCCGAAUGUCCUGGAAGCGGAAACGCCAGUAGGUCUUAUCCGGGGUCACGCGUACUCUGUGACCCGGGUGAAAUAUGUGGACAUAGAGACCCCGGGGAGGUCUGGAAAGAUUCCUUUACUGCGUCUGCGCAACCCGUGGGGUAAUGAGGCAGAAUGGAACGGACCCUGGAGUGAUAAGUCACCAGAAUGGCGUUUCAUACCCGAAUCGGAGAAAGAAGAGUUGGGCCUAACGUUUGACGAUGAUGGUGAAUUCUGGAUGGCUUUCAAGGACUUUUGUCAGCACUUUGACCGCCUGGAAAUAUGCAACUUGAAUCCCGAUUCUCUGGACCCAGCCGAGUGCCCCGAAGGAUGUACCAAGAAAUGGGAAAUGUCCGUGUUCGAGGGGGAGUGGGUUCGAGGUGUAACAGCCGGUGGUUGCAGGAAUUAUCUGGAGUCGUUUUGGAAGAACCCACAAUAUACGGUCACUUUGAAAGACCCUGAUGAGGAUGAUGAAGAAAAUAAGUGUACUAUAAUCGUAGCGCUCAUGCAAAAGAACCGUCGGUCCCAACGGCACCAGGGACUCGAGUGCCUCACCAUCGGAUUCGCAGUCUACCGCCUCCCGGACUACGGACACGUGCCCAAGCCCCUCGACGUCAACUUCUUCAAAUAUAAUGCUUCUGUUGGACGCUCGCAGGCGUUUAUCAAUCUGCGUGAAGUUAGCGCUAGAUUUAAGUUGGAACAAGGCCGAUACGUCAUAGUUCCGUCCACCUUCGAACCGAACGAUGAGGGAGAAUUCCUUCUUCGAGUCUUCUCUGAGAAGGACAACAAUAUGACUGAGAAUGACGAAGAUGUUGGCAUGGGAGAAGUUGAUGAUAGGGUGAAAGACGUCCUUCCCUCUCAACCGGAGCCGGCUGAUCCUGUGAGGCAGUUCUUUGACCGUCUCGCUGGUGAUGACGGAGAAGUAGACUGGCAGGAACUGAAAGAGAUCCUGGAUUACGCCAUGAGAGAGGAAAUGGCAAUGCGUCACGGCGCUGCAUACGAUGGCGGAGGGAGUCCCCAAGUUGCAGAGCAGAGUUGCCUAGAGCAGUUGCUCUGUGCACUCUGCGCACCCAUUUGCAAGGAGAUCGGGGUCGACUUGCAACAAGUAGCCCAACAGAAUCAGGAACAGGUGCAUUUGAAUCAGCCACAGCCGCAAGAACUCCGCGGUCAGGGUUUCUCGAAGGAUGUAUGUAGGAGUAUGAUCGCAAUGCUCGAUAAAGACAACUCGGGCGGACUCGGCUUUGAGGAGUUCAAAUCGCUUUGGAUCGACUUGCGACAGUGGAGGGCGGUGUUCCGUCUUUACGACACUGAGGGUCGUAGCGCAAUACCAGCUCAGCAUUUAAGGGACGCUCUACACUCUGCCGGGUACACGGUCAACGCGCACGUCCUUAAUGUUUUGGCUCACAGAUACGGAACAAGUGAUGGCUACAUUCAGUUCGAUGAUUUCAUUAUGUGCGCUGUGCGACUCAAAACUAUGAUUGAAACCUUCAAAGGAAGAUCUUCGGGGGGCGAAUACGCUACGUUUUCCCUAGACGAAUGGUUGAAUCGCACAGUCUACUCAUAGACAAUUGCCUUAUACUAAACUUGUAUAUUCCUCUACUAUUAAUGAGAUAUAGAUUUUUCAACAUUUGCUUUUUAAUUAACUGAAAUUGUAUAAAUUAUGAAAUAUUUUUAAGUUAUAGUACAAAUAUAUGAAUGUUGAAUCUCAAAUAUAACAGAUUAUGUCACAAUUUUUCAUAUUACAUAAAUAGCAGUAUUUUUUUAUCCACCGAUUUUCCAUUCCAAUUUAGUCUUUGGUUGCUGUGCGAUUAAAGUUUCAAGUUUACCGACUUUUUAACGCGCAAUUAAACAGUUAAAAAGUCGGUUAACGUAACUAAAUGUAUACACGUUUAUAUUCUCUAUAUUAUUUUGCGAUGACAAUGCAUUUUAUUUGCAAUUUUAUUUAUUUUAUGUCAAAUCUGAAUAAAUAAUGUUUUAAAA